AUGGCAUGCUUCCACGUGACCGUGCUGUGCCUGCUGCUGGCUGUGCAGCUGCACCUGGUGGCGUCACGGGCGCUGCGAAUGAGGUCGCGGAUUCACGACCGCAUCAUCGGCGGCUCCGAAGCCAGCAUCGAGGACUUCCCGUGGACGUUGGCUCUGCUGUACACCGAUUCCCACCAGUGCGGAGCCUCCAUAAUCGGCAACCAGUGGGCCCUGACUGCUGCGCAUUGCAUCGGCCAGAGAAGCUCGCUAUACACUUUGCGCGCUGGGUCCUCCAAUCGCGACAGCGGCGGCACCUUGAUGGACGUGGUCGAGAUUUACGAACACGAGCUGCACGACAGCAAUUCUGGUGACUACGACAUAGCUCUCAUGCAGACUGCCGGUUCGUUCCCACUUGGCAUCAACGUAUCAAUCGUGAACCUUCCAGAGGCUGGAUACGACCCGGCAGUCGGCCUGGCGCUCACAGUGAGGGGCUGGGGAUGCACGGAGACCGACUACCCCCUCAUCCUGCACAAAGUGGACAUCAGAGUCAGCGGCCGCUCCGAGUGA